AUGAGGUCCAUAAGGAAAUGGGCAUACGAGACGUUCAAUGAUGAGAAGAUAAUUCAAUUCGUGGUAAUGGCCACAACAGACGAUUUACAUGCAAAUUCUGAGUACAUUAGGAUGGCAGACCAGUACGUGCAAGUGCCGGGGGGGACGAACAAUAACAAUUACGCCAAUAUAGAUUUAAUAUUAGACGUGGCACAGCAAACAGAUGUGGAUGCGGUAUGGGCCGGAUGGGGACAUGCUUCUGAAAAUCCAUGUUUGCCUGAGCUAUUGGCCAAUUCACAAAGAAAAAUACUAUUUAUUGGUCCUCCGGGCCACGCUAUGAGAUCUCUCGGUGAUAAAAUUUCUUCCACCAUUGUUGCGCAAAGCGCUAAAAUACCAUGUAUUCCCUGGUCUGGCUCUGGUAUAGACACUAUUCACACCGAUGAUCAAACAAAACUUGUAUCUGUUCCAAGUGACGUAUAUUCAGAAGGGUGCUGUUCCUCACCCGAGGAUGCUUUAGAAAAGGCCAGAUCUAUAGGGUUUCCGGUAAUGAUUAAGGCAUCCGAAGGUGGUGGAGGUAAAGGUAUUAGACAAGUAGACAAUGAAGAAGAUUUUAUUGCAUUUUAUGGGCAGGCAGUGAAUGAAUCGCCCGGAUCACCGAUGUUUGUUAUGAAAGUUAUCGCAGAUGCGCGUCAUUUAGAAGUGCAGUUGCUGGCAGAUCAAUAUGGUACGAAUAUUACAUUAUUUGGAAGGGAUUGUUCCGUACAAAGGCGGCAUCAAAAAGUUAUAGAAGAGGCACCGGUAACCAUAACGAAGCCUGAGAUAUUUCAUAAGAUGGAACGCGCAGCAAUUCGUUUAGGUGAACUGGUAGGUUACGUUUCUGCGGGCACUGUCGAGUACUUAUAUUCACCAGAAGAUGAUAAAUUUUAUUUUUUAGAAUUGAAUCCAAGAUUACAAGUAGAACAUCCCACUACUGAAAUGAUAUCGGGAGUGAAUCUUCCUGCUGCCCAGUUGCAAAUUGCUAUGGGUAUUCCUAUGCAUAGGAUAAGUGACAUCAGAAAACUUUACGAUUCAGAGCCGACGGGAACUUCCCGUAUCGAUUUUAAAUGUUCAAAGAUACCCUCGCCAAAGGGCCAUUGUAUUUCAUGUAGAAUCACUUCAGAAGACCCUAACGAAGGUUUUAAACCCUCCACCGGGAAAAUUCACGAGCUCAACUUCCGUUCGUCCUCCGACGUUUGGGGUUAUUUUUCAGUAGGAAAUAAUGGCGCCAUUCAUUCAUUCUCAGACUCCCAAUUCGGCCACAUUUUCGCAAUAGGGAACGAUAGACGGGAUGCAAAGCAAAACAUGGUUUUGGCUUUAAAGGACUUUUCUAUCCGUGGAGAAUUCAAAACGCCUGUUGAGUACCUCAUUGAGCUACUAGAGACUCAAGACUUCGGAAAUAAUAGGAUAUCCACUGGUUGGCUGGAUAGUUUGAUCUUGAAAAACCUACCCUCUGAUGCCAAGUUAGAUCCUAUCCUCGCUGUUAUUUGUGGUGCGGCAAUGAAAGCAUACAUUUUUAAAGAAGAAAUUAGAAAUAAUUACUUGGAAUUGUUGCAGAGAGGUCAAGUUCCCCCCAAGGAUUUGCUGAGAACGAAAUUUUCCAUUGAUUUCAUUUUCAAUAACCAGAGAUAUCUGUUCACGGCUGUACAGUCAUCUGAAGAGCGCUUCUUACUCUCUAUUAAUAAUUCUCAAUGUGAAGUUAAUAUCCAAAAGUUAUCCAGCGACUGUUUACUGAUCUCUGUUGACGGCAAAUGUCAUACAAUUUAUUGGAAGGAAGAUGUCCGGGGUACAAGACUUUCCAUAGAUUCUGUUACCACAUUCUUGGAGGCGGAGCUCAACCCCACUCAAAUGAUCUCCCCAACCCCUGGAAAACUGAUGAAAUAUUCGGUAUCAAAUGGUGACCACAUUUCUGCUGGACAACAAUAUGCAGAAAUAGAAAUUAUGAAAAUGCAGAUGCCUUUAGUAGCAAAAGCCAAUGGUGUCGUUGAAUUGUUGCGGCAACCUGGUUCCAUCAUUGAAGCGGGUGAUGUUGUAGCAAACCUAUCUCUAGACGCACCCUCCAAGGCCAACGAAUUGUCUUUAUACCAGGGAGAAUUACCCACCUUAAGUCCACCGAUAAUAGAAGGUAGUCGGCCAGUCCAUAAAUUCAGGACCUUACUAGGUAAAUUAGAAAAUAUUCUCAAGGGAUAUAAUGAGGUCGCCGAAAUAGGAACAACUCUAAAGGAGUUGAUAAAAGUCUUGAGAGAUGGUAGACUUCCCUAUUCAGAGUGGAGAUCUCAGAUCUCUACGGUGCAUAAUAGGUUGCCAAAACAAUUGAGCGGAAAACUGGAGAAGUUGAUCGAGAAUUCUGCCUCAUUUCCUGCGAGGAAAUUGCAUGACUUUAUGGCACGCUACGUCGAUGAAAAUAUGAAUGAUCAUGUGACGUGUAUUUCUUUGGAACCACUUCUUAACAUUGCUAAAAGGUACUAUGAAGGUUUGACAAGCCAUGAACACGAAGUUUUUUUCAAGUUGAUCAAAAGAUAUCAUGAUAUUGAGAAGAUUUUUGAAAGUCCUGAUGUGGAUGAGGAAAGAAAUUUACUAGAUCUACGCAAUAAAGACUUAAGCAAUCUGAAAGACGUUUUGUGCACCAGCUUGUCACAUGCCAACAUACGCAGAAAGAAUAAGUUAAUUAUCUCGAUUUUGCAGGAAUAUGAGGCGUUGUGCCAAGAUUCCUCCAGUAUUUCUCUAAAAUUUGGGGCUGUUCUGCAUGAUUUGGCAACUCUAGUCUCUAAGUUGACGAAAGAGGUUGCUAUUAAGGCAAGAACGAUGUUACUUGGAGGAUAUUUGCCUUCUUUGAGGCAGAGAAAAGAGUAUAUUGAAAACCUCUUACGGUUGCAUUCAGAUGAUAUAGGUGGUAAACCCUCCUGGGACAGAAACACGUAUUCAUGCAUGAAAGACUUUGAUAAUUUGAUACGUUCUAAUUUGGUGCAACUACAAGAUUUGUUCUUUUUUUUUGGCCAUCAAAAUGUGCUUUUCUCCAAAAUUGCUUCGGAAAUUUAUGUGAGGUAUGCCUAUGGGCCUUAUGAAUUGGAAGGAAUGAAUAAUCACAAAGAAACGCCUGAUAUAUUAAUGUCAUGGCGAUUCAGUUCAUCAAAAGACAUUUUGCCCAGCUCUAAUACUUACAUUGAUGAGGAUAUGAAUUUUUCAGAGCUCUCUCUUACAUACAAUGAGAAUAGGUCAAAAAAUCUUGCUUUUCUCGUUAAUGUAGAUGGACUGGACUCUAUGGAAAAUACAUUAGAUGCGAUAUACGAAAAUAUUAAAGUUCCUCAGGAUAUAUCAGCUGACGGAGAUAAUUUCCUUAUUGUGAAUGUUUUAUCUUCUAUUUCUCACAAAAACGAGGAAGAUCUAAUUAAAAGCUUGAGAAAUAAACUCCUUAUCAAUUGCAAACGUUUAGCUGACCUCAGCGCUAGUCGUGUCACAUUUGCGUUUACUCCAGAAAAUGGUCCAUUUGUUAAAUUCUACUCAUUUAAUGGAGCUGCGUAUGAUGAAAAUUUUCAAGCAAGAAAUUUGGAUCCGUCCUACGAGUCUCCAUUAGAGUUAGAAAGAAUGGCAAAUUAUAAAAUCAGGCCAUUACCUACAUACGAUAGUAGUGUACGCAUCUUCGAGGGUAUAAGCAAAUUUACACCACUUGAUAGGAGGUUUUUUAUCAGAAAGAUCAUAAAUUCUUCCAUAAUUGAUGAUCGGAAAACAGCCCUUGCACAUUUAAAAACGGGAAUCAAUGCCCAGAUGCAUUGUAUGUUAGAUCAUAUGGAGGCUAUCGACAGCUCAAAUUCGGACUUGAAUCAUAUUUUUCUAAACUUCAACGCAGUUUUUAACGUAUCAGCACGCCGUUUUGAAGAGGUUUUAGAGAGUGUUUUAGAAACUCAUGAGACUAGACUCUUCCAAGAGAGAAUCACGGAUAUAGAAAUUCGAAUAUUUAUCGAGGGCCCAGAAGCUAAGAAGCCAGUCCCGCUUAGAUUACUUAUUUCUAAUAAAUCAGGAUAUGUGAUAAAAAUCAAAGCAUAUUAUGAAACGAUCGACAAGGACGGUAACCUGGUGCUAAAAUCACCAGGUAAGCAGGGGCAUUCAGAUCAGAAGUUCGCCUCUCUACCUUACUCGGUGAAGGACUGGUUACAACCCAAAAGAUACAAAGCUCAAUUCAUGGGUACAACUUAUGUGUACGACUUUCCCGAUCUGUUUCAACAGGCCGCAAUUCAGCAAUGGAAGAAAUAUUUUCCAAAGCAUAAACUAAAGGAAGGAUUUUUUACUUGGGUUGAAUUGAUUGAGCGGAAUGGAAGUUUAAUCAAGGUAAACAGGGGACUAGGCCAUAAUAAUAUUGGAAUGGUUGCUUUCGAAAUGAUGAUUCAGACUCCUGAGUACCCAGAAGGGCGUAAUAUUAUUGUGAUUUCUAACGAUAUUACCUACAAUAUUGGAUCUUUUGGGCCAAAAGAGGAUUUUUUCUUCGAUAAAGUAACAAAUUAUGCGAGGGAGAAGGGAAUUCCAAGGAUAUACUUGGCAGCCAAUUCAGGAGCUAAACUUGGGAUAGCUGAAGAGUUGAUUCCCUUGUUCCACGUGGCGUGGAAUGACCCCUCUGAUCCGGCAAAGGGUUUUCGAUACUUAUAUUUAACUCCAAAAGACAUGCAGCAGCUAAGAGAUUCCGGGAAGGAAAAUUCAGUCGUCACUGAACAUAGAAUGGUGUAUGGUGAAGAAAGAUACAUCAUCAAAACAAUAGUCGGGUCCGAAGAGGGUAUCGGGGUUGAGUGUUUGCAAGGCUCGGGUUUGAUUGCCGGAGCUACUUCGAAAGCAUACAAAGACAUUUUCACUAUCACAGCGGUUACCUGUAGGUCGGUUGGUAUAGGUUCUUAUCUCGUUAGACUAGGGCAGCGGACAAUACAGGUUGAAGAUAAGCCUAUUAUAUUAACGGGGGUAUCAGCAAUCAAUAGAGUCCUGGGUAAAGAUAUCUACUCAUCCAACUUACAAAUAGGUGGUACUCAGAUUAUGUACAAAAACGGAAUAACUCAUUUAACUGUCAGUAAUGACAUGAAAGCCGUAGAACAAAUAUUGACUUGGUUGUCAUAUGUUCCCGCAAAAAGAGGUAUGAGCGCUCCAGUUCUUGAAACAAUAGAUAGAUGGGAUCGAAAUGUCAGCUUUAAACCUGUCAGGCAAGUUCCAUACGAGGCAAAAUGGUUGAUAGAAGGUAAAUUGGAUGCGAAUGGUGAAUUUCAAAGUGGCCUUUUUGAUAGAGGUUCAUUCUUUGAGACGCUAUCUGGCUGGGCUAAAGGUGUCGUUGUUGGCAGAGCACGGCUUGGAGGUAUCCCAGUGGGGGUGAUCGCAGUUGAGACCAAAACUAUUGAAGACAUAGUUCCUGCUGAUCCAGCUGACCCAAAGUCAUCGGAAUUUUCAAUUAAAGAGGCGGGACAAGUUUGGUACCCAAAUUCUGCGUUUAAAACAGCGCAAAGCAUAAAUGAUUUCAAUUAUGGAGAGCAAUUACCGCUGAUUAUUCUAGCCAACUGGAGAGGUUUUUCUGGUGGCCAAAGGGACAUGUAUAAUGAAGUCCUGAAAUAUGGGUCCUUUAUUGUGGACGCUCUGGUUGAAUAUAAACAACCAAUAAUAAUAUACAUCCCGCCCCUGGGUGAACUGAGGGGGGGAUCAUGGGUUGUUGUAGACCCCACCAUUAAUCCCGAGCAAAUGGAAAUGUAUGCUGAUCUUGAAUCUAGAGGGGGGGUGUUGGAACCUGACGGAGUAGUUAGUAUAAAGUACCGUAAGGAGAAGAUGAUAGAAACAAUGACCCGGUUAGAUUCCACGUAUAGACAUUUAAAAAGAACGUUGAUGGAAAAAGAAUUAUCGUUGGAGAAGCAAAGUGAUCUUACCAAAAGAUUGAAGAUAAGAGAGAGACAGUUGAUGCCGAUUUAUAGCCAAAUUAGCAUACAAUUUGCAGAUUUACACGAUAGAUCCACCAGAAUGCUGGUUAAAGGAGUGAUCCGAAAGGAAUUAGAGUGGAAAAAGUCGCGCCGGUUUUUAUAUUGGAGACUAAGACGAAGGUUGAAUGAGGGACAAGUUAUCAAGAGAUUACGAAGAAAAAUGAGCGACAACAAGACGGUGAUGGAGUACGGCGAAUUGUUGAAGAUGGUCCAAACAUGGUAUGAUCACCUGGAUGUAAGUGAUGAUAGGGCGGUGGCCGAGUUCAUAGAAAGAAAUUCCAAAGAAAUUGACAAGAACGUUGAAGAGUUUGAAAUCUCGCUGUUCAUCGAUGAACUAAAGAAAAGAUUUGAAGAUAAGAACGGUAACAUUGUCCUUGAGGAGCUGACCAAACUAGUGGACAGUAAGCGAAAAAAAUAA